AUGAAGACUUAUGAGGGCUUAGAAGAUGGUGAACAGGAGUUUCAGUUCAGGAGUGAAUGCAGGCUGUGCUGUUUUGUGGUGAGGAAAGAACAGAGAAUACACUUUACAGAUGAGACAGAUGAGGAUUGUCAGAAGACUUGUCUCCACUUGCAUGGUGUCUUUCCUUACCUCUAUGUACCGUAUGAUGGAUUUGGUCAGCAUCCAGAACACUAUCUCCGCCAAGUGGCAUUCAGCAUUGACAGAGCACUUAAUGUUGCUUUAGGCAAUCCGUCUUCUACUAUACAACAUGUUUUCAAAGUGUCAUUAGUAUCUGGAAUGCCUUUUUAUGGUUACCAUGAGAAGGAGAGACAGUUCAUGAAGAUCUAUCUUUACAAUCCUGCAAUGGUAAAAAGAGUAUGUGAGCUUCUGCAAGGUGGAGCCAUAAUGAACAAAUCUUACCAGCCUCAUGAAGCCCAUAUUCCCUACCUCCUUCAGCUCUUCAUAGAUUACAACUUAUAUGGAAUGAAUUUAAUAAACCUGGCUGCUGUCAAAUUCAGAAAGGCGAGGAGAAAAAGUGAUACAUCAGGUGGAAGUAAGCAUCACAGAAUAAAUUCUGCAGCAAAUUCAAACAGUGCUUCUUUCAUUGAAUGGGAAGAAGAUGAAAUACCAAGUUCUUUAAUGUUGAAAGGCGUUGAGCCACAAAGUACCUGUGAAUUGGAGGUGGAUGCAGUAGCUGCUGACAUUUUAAAUCAACUGGAUAUUGAAGCCCAGAUUGGUAGAAACCCUGGUUUGCAAGCUAUAUGGGAAGAUGAAAAGCAGAGACGGAGAGAGAAAUGUGAAUCUUCUCAGAUUAAGACACCAGAUUCUCAAGACCGUGGAUUUGUGCCAGCAACAGAGAGUGAAAAGUAUUUUCAGAAGAGACUCAAAGAAAUCCUCAAGCAAAAUGAUUUCUCUGUAACAUUGUCAGGAUCAGUGGACUACAGUAAUGGAUCAGAGGAGUUCUCUGCUGAGCUAACACUACAUUCUGAGGUACUUUCUCCAGAAACCUUUCAGUGUACGCCAGCGAAUAUGGUAGAAGUGCAUGAAGAUAAAAAGGUGAACAAAGAAUCCAAUAGGAUGCAUACAGAUAAAGAAGAGGAAGCACUUAUUAAUGAAGAAGCAAUUUUAAACAUUGUGGAGAAUAGUCAGAGCUUUCAUCGUUUGUCUCAAAAACUGAGUCAGACUACAGUUUUUUUGGACAGUGCUGAUGAGGCCAUGAUUGAUGUGUUGGCUGGUUUGGAGAGUGAUGGAUAUCAGAUGGAGCAUCACAAAGCACUCUCUCACCAUCGUUCUCUUGGGAGCUGUCGAAAUUCUCAAAACAGCGAUGAUGAAGAAAAUGAGCCACAGUGCGAGAAAGAAGAAAUGGAACUUAGCUUGAUAAUGUCCCAAAGAUGGGACAGUAGCAUAGAAGAGCCCGGGCCAAAAAGAAGGUCAGUUGGCAAAAAUAUGCAUCGAAGUUCAACAGAAGAGGAUUCGUCUUCAGAGGAAGAAAUGGAGUGGAGUGGUAGCAAUAUGCUCCUAACUAAUCUCUCUAUACCUCAGCUAGAUGGGACUGCAGAUGAAAAUGGUGACAAUCCUUUGAAUAAUGAAAGUUCUCGAACUCACUCCUCCGUCAUUGCAACAAGCAAAAUGUCUGUAAAGACCUCAAUCUUUCACAAAGAUGCUGCUACACUAGAACCCCCAUCUUCUGCUAAAAUUACUUUUCAGUGUAAACACACAAGUGCCCUUUCUAACCACGUUUUGAAUAACGAAGAUUUAGUAGAAGAACUCUCGCAACCAAACACAGAAACAAGACCGGAACUUUCAGUUCAUUCUCUUACAAAAGAAAGCACUUACACAGCAAAGUACCCAACGUCAUUCAGCAAUAGUACCCAUGCAGAAAACUCACAUAAAGAGAGUAACAAGAAAGAUACUCUUCCAGUUCCUUCAUGUGAAAAUAAUAUUUUUGAGUAUGAAGAUGAUAUUUCAUCAGUGAGCAGACAGAUACCUAGCAGGAAGUAUACUAGCAUUAGAAAGACUGAGAAAGAUGUCUCUUUUAUGCAUGUGGGCCGCCACAUUGGUGACAGCAUAUUGAAUAAAAACUCUUUUAACUUUUCUGAUUUGAGCCACUCUGGCCACUCCAAAGGUAAAAUAUCCUCUGAACUAAAUGAAAAAGCCAGCAGCGCAAGUAUAAAUAGUUUUUUUCCAGCAACAGUUACAGAAAAUUGUGAAUUGGUGUCUUGUUCAGGAGGCAGUCGAACUGUUGUACAUUCACUUGAAAAUAACACUGAUGAAGGUGGCCUUAAUAAGCUUAAAAUUAGGUAUGAAGAAUUUCAGGAGCAUAAAACAGAAAAGCCAAGUCUCAGUCAACAAGCAGCACAUUAUAUGUUCUUUCCUAGUGUUGUUCUUUCAAACUGUCUUAGCCGACCACAAAAGUUAGCACCUGUGACAUAUAAAUUACAGCAAGGCAACAAACAGUCCAGGUUGAAGCUGAAUAAAAAGAAAUACAGUUUUAUCAAUCAUCAGGAGCCUGCAACUGUAAGUGAUGUUGUAUCAGUGAAGGAAAGCUGCUAUACACAAGGUAAUGCUUGUAGUAAUAUUCCUGAUAAGGAUAGUGCUUUACCUAGUGACUUAGUCCAAGUUCCUUUUGAGGCUUUUGAAAACAAAAUGCCUACAAGUACUGCUCAUUGUACUGACUGCCAAAUUGGAGAUGGAUCUCUUGAAACUGAGCAGUCAUUUGGAUUAUGUGGGAAUAAAUACACACUUCGAACUAAACGAAAGGUAAAUUAUGAAACUGAAGACAGUGAAUCAAGCUUUGUCGCACACAACUCAAAAAUUAAUCUACCUCAACCAAUAGAAAGUGUUGAAAGUUUGGAUGGGUCUCAGAAGUCUCGAAAACGUAGAAGACUUUCUAAAAAACUGCCACCUGUUAUUAUUAAAUAUAUUAUCAUCAAUAGAUUUAGAGGGAGAAAAAAUAUGCUUGUUAAACUAGGGAAAGUAGAUUCUAGUGAGGAAAGAGUGGUACUCACAGAAGAAAAGAUGAAUUUAUAUAGAAAGCUUGCACCUUUAAAAGACUUUUGGCCAAAAGUUCCUGACUCUCCUGCAACCAAAUAUCCUAUUUAUCCACUAACGCCAAAGAAAAGUCACAAAAGAAAAGCAAAACAUAAGUCAACCAAGAAAAAAGCUGGAAAACUGCAAAGAACAGGUAGUAAAAAUAAUAUUAAAAGAACUUUAUCUUUCAGGAAAAGGACUCACACAAUUCUUUCUCCUCCUUCACCAUCCUAUAAUGCUGAAGCUGAAGACUGUGAUUAUAACUAUAGUGAUGUUAUGUCUAAAUUAGGUUUUCUUUCUGAGAGAAGCACAAGCCCAGUAAACACAUCACCACCUCGCUGCUGGUCUCCUACUGAUCCAAAAGCAGAAGAAAUUUUGACCAACCUGGACAGAGAAGCUUUACAUAGUAGGGGUAAUAUGUACCACAACAGGACCGUUAAUUCUAAUGUAGGAAAAAAUAGUCGAGCAAAAACUCAGGUUAAGAAAUGUAAAAAGAAAUUUGCUAGCCCUACUGUAUCUACCAAGAAAAAGAAAAAGAUGAAUCAGAGUGAUAAUGCAGCAGAGGAUGGAAAGAAGAAACCUAGAACAAAACAAAGACAGAGAACAACAGAAAAAAUGUCCUCAAGAAAACGCAUGGUAUUUAAAGAUGAAAAAGGAAAUAAUCACUCUACCACGGAAGUGAAGUUUGUGCUGAAACAUCAAGAUCUGCCUGAGAUGUCUUACAACUCACAGCCGCUUCAUCAUCGGAGAGAUGGUCCUCUUCCUGGCUUUACAGCAGGGUAUCUGCCAUCAGCACCAUUCCCCUCAGCAGCUGAUACACAAUGUAAUUCAUCAGACCGUUUUCAUUCAUUGAUGGAACUUGAUAAACCUUUAGAUGCACAGUGUUUGCCUGCUCCACGAGAAAACCCUCAUUCAUCUUUCACAUCAACUCCUGUGGCAUCCGGAAGAGAAGGACUGAAAGUGAGCUCUCAAAGACCCAGGACUCAAAGUACUGUAUUUAGAAUGAAGGAAUCUGCUCUCAUUAAAAACAUAUUUGACUCAUCUAAUCACUCAACUCAGGUAACACAGAAUGUGUGCAUCUCUAAAGAUAAGACCUUUGUAAAAGCAGAAGAGAUAAAAAAUUUGCAAAACAGAUAUUUACCAUCAGCUGGGAAAUCAGGUGAAGCUCGCGAGUCUUCGGACUCAACAAAGAUGGAUCAGUUGCAUUCCACUGGCUAUUUGCAAUGUAAAGAUAGUAAUCAACAGCAGAUUUUUUGUAUACCAGAGGCAUCCAAGCAUUCUGAUCCUUCUUCUUCUGUUCUUAAGUCAGCUGAGGAAAGUCCAGGGCCUCUUCAGUUGCCUAAAAACUGUUUCAUAACCUCUUUGAAGAGUCCAGUAAAACAACUAAAUUGGGAUCAAAAACAGAAAGGAUUUCUUUUGGAAAUGUCACAUUUUAAACCUGAACCAGUAAAACAGAAGUCUAUGUCAGAAACAACCACGCAACCAAAACCCAUUUCCCAGUAUAAGAACAGGACUAUAGUGGCCCCAUCAGCAUUCAGUGAAGGACAGUCUGGCCUGGCUGUUUUGAAAGAGUUGCUCCAGAAGAGGCAACAGAAAGCUCAGAAUGCAAAUGUUACACAAGAACCAGUACCAGUUAAAACACAGCUGAGCAGAGGUACCCCGUGCCCUCUUGAACAGAACAAAGCAAUCAAAAGGUCACGGUCAGCCACACCUAGAAAACCACGUGCUCCCAGGAAUACAAAACCUAAAGAAAAAACACCAAAACUUUCAAAAAUGGAGUCUUUAAGCCAACAAGUCACUAGUCGUGUUGAUCAUUCUGUGUCUGAUGAUAGCCCUAUAUUUUUUUCUGACCCUGGUUUUGAAAGCUGUUACUCCCUUGAAGACAGCUUAUCUCCAGACCACAAUUACAACUUUGAUAUUAAUACUAUAGGGCAAACUGGAUUUUGCAGUUUUUACUCUGCAAGCCAGUUUGUCCCAGCAGAUCAAAAUUUGCCCCAAAAAUUUCUGAGUGAUGCAGUUCAAGAUCUUGGUUCUGUACAAACAACAGAAAAUGACUUUCUAUGUCGUAAUGACCAAAAAACUGAUGAAGAAAAACAGCAUUCUUCAAGCACAAGUAAGUGGAUAAGACCUGGUUCUCUGAGCCCUGAGCUUUUUGAGAAAACCUCCCUGGAUAGUAAUGAGAACCACUGUCAUAGCCAACGGAGGAAAAACGUUCAUCCUUCAACUUCUAGGUCUAACUCUAUUGAUACCUCUUGUACACAAGAGACAGAGAUCUGCCUAAAUGAAAAAUUUAAAUUGACUAGAAAUACAGUAAACAAAGAGAGAUUUCUUAACCUUCCUCAGCCAACCAGCUCAGACUGGAUUCAAAGCCACAUUAGAAAAGAAACCACUUUUGAACCCUGUCAACCACUUGAUUCAGUUAAUACCUCUUUUACAUCUGUACUGUCUUCUCCUGAUGGUGAACUCAUAGAUGCAGCCUCUGUGGAUUUAGACUUAUAUGUUUCAAGAAACAACGAAGCAUUAACUCCAACUCCAGAUAGUUCGCCAAGAUCCACCAGUUCUCCCUCACAGUCAAAAAAUGGAAGUUUUACACCUCGUACUGCUCACAUUCUUAAGCCGCUUAUGUCCCCACCCAGUCGUGAAGAAAUCAUGGCAACUUUACUGGAUCAUGAUCUCACAGAAACAGUUUAUCAGGAACCAUUUUGCAGUAAUCCUUCUGAUGCUCCAGAAAAGCCAAGGGAGAUUGGAGGACGGCUUCUUACUGUAGAAACUAGGCUUCCAAAUGACCUGCUUGAGUUUGAGGGAGACUUUUCAUUAGAAGGGCUACGUCUCUGGAAGACUGCAUUUUCAGCAAUGACUGAAGGUCCUAGACCAGGGUCACCUCCUCGUUAUGGUCACUCUGCUGCUAAUAAAAGAGAAGGUAAUAGCCAUAAAACUAGCAAAGACAAAAAAAUUGUUAUAAUGCCAUGCAAGUGUGCUCCAAGCCAGCAACAAGUUCAGAUAUGGCUUCAUGCCAAAGAAGAGUAUGAACAUUUCAAGAAAUUGCCUAAGAAUCAUUCUGCUGAGCUGGAAAAGGCAGCUGAGAAUUUCGGCUCCACAGUGUUGUCUGGAGAGAAAUCUAUAGAAGUAGCAAAAGCAGCUAAAGAUUUAAAUUUGUCAAGCCUGGAAGGUGGAAGACCUAUAGUGCCUACAAAGGACUCUCCUGCCUCUGUGGCAGAUCCUACAAAAGCACAAACCAAGGAAACCUAUGACAAGUCUGUAAGUGCUGUAGGAGCUUCUAUAAAUAUUAAAAGUGACAUAGAUGCGAAUGAAACUACAUCUGAAAGCAAGACACUUACCACUUCAGCUCUAGAAUGUGAUAAGGAAGAGGAGGAAGAAGAUUAUUAUGUCAGUUACAGUUCACCAGAUUCUCCAGUGCUUCCACCUUGGCAACAAGUAGCAUCUCCAGAUCCCAAGCAGUCCAAUUUAGAAGAUGCAGAGUGGAAAAGUCAGGAUGUUAUUUUGUCUUCUGUUGAAGAAAAUAAAGUAGCGCCUGUUGGAAGCACACAAAGUUCUCCAUCCACCCAAGAGGACGUUAAGAUAACCUUUGACACAUCUCCACUUCUACUUAGUGUAGAUCCUGGGAACUCUGAAUCCAUUUGCUUACAUAGUACACCCAUCACACAGAGAAAAAAUCAAGAUGGAAUCCGUGAAGUUCUUGGGUUUACUCCUUUAUCAACAGAACCAAAAGCCCAGAAACUGUGUCGUAAGAGAGGAAUUAAUCCUGAUGGUCUUCGAAGAGUACUUCUAACCACACAGAUGAAGAAUCAGUUUGCUGCCCUUGGUGCUCCAAAGAGAGAGACUUCUCAGAUUGAAGGACCAUCUUUAAAUAACACUUAUGGUUUUAAAGUCAGUGUGCAAAACCUGCAAGAAGCAAAAUCUUUACAUGAGGUCCAACACCUUACCCUCAUCAGUAUGGAGUUACAUGCUCGAACCAGACGAGAUUUGGAACCAGACCCAGAGUUUGAUCCGAUCUGUGCUUUAUUCUAUUGCAUCUCAUCAGACACAGCACUUCCAAAUACUGAUAAAAAAGAAAUCACUGGCGCUAUAGUGAUUGAUAGUGACAGGACACUCUCCAGCCAAGGGAGCAGAGACCAAGCACCCUUGCUCACAAGAUCGGGAAUUACAGGACUAGAAGUCAGUUACGCUACUGAUGAAAGAACUCUUUUCCAGGAAGUAGUGAAUAUUGUAAAAAGCAAGCACAUUCAGAUCCUCUUAAGCAGCUGAAUUACAGUCUUGAAACUGAUCAGCCAUAUCGAAAACCUCUGAUGAGAAAGACAUUGACCAACCCCGUGAAGCCAGAAUACAAAAAGAGUUGCUGAAUGCAACCAACACAGGGUGGGUCCUGACAGAGCAGCAGAUCCUUGUUCAGAGAAGACAAAAUUCAGGUAAGGAAAAUUUUAUUUUUCUCUUUCUUGGAAAUCUAGUGCUCCAUCAAACUUAGGAAAAAUACUAAAAAUGAAAAGCUGCCAAUAAAUCAAAAACCCUCCAUCAGUGUGGGGAAAUUUAAAGAGUGAGCAUGGGAGAGAGAAUUCAGCAGUUAGGUUAUAUAUUUAUCACUGAAGAACAGAAGUCUACAGAUGUACAUAUUGAAGACAUUACUCGAUUUCUGUAGUACUCCAGGAUGGAAUUUAUCAAGCUGCUGACUGACAAAGCUCUUCUUAAGAUAUGUUCUCUUUCUCUUUCCACACUGUGCUAGCAUGUCUUUUUGACUCAACUUCAUAUGUUGAUUCAGUUAACUUAUGUUUCCAGGAUAUAGAAGGUUUGAUCUAUUCUUGGGGAGGGAGACUGCUAUCUUAGACAAUUCUUCUUAUCUGCUUCCCUCCUCUCUUAAUGCAAUAUGAGCUAAAGAGUCAGACUUCUACAAAUAUUUUUUUAAAACUUGGACUACAUCUGCAGAUUGAAGCUCUUUUUCCCCCUUAUUUUCUGUAGCAUAAGCCAAAAAGAAAACAAAAAUUUACUAGAGUAAAUGUUUUAUAUUUCUUAGUAAGUAGAGUUUAGUCCCAGAGCAGCUUUAACUGGAGAAAAAAGUGUGUGAAACUUCCUCAUUUAAAAGUAGUGGACUGCAAAAAUCUUCCUCAAUGGCAAAUGAACAAGUAAACGUCUUUAAGGAAAAUUUUCAGCAUUGGGAAUUAUUUCUAAAAUAGGCUUGUGGAUGCAUCAGGCUGGAGUGAAUGACAGAAUAUCUUACUUGUUCUUGAUUGGCAACACUAGAGAAAGACCUUACCAGCUUGUUGGUAUCCUGAACAGGGAAUACAUCAACUAUGGGAGAGCAGUUGUCUUAUACAGUCAAGUUGAAGAAUUCUUGUUCCUGUUUCUAGUCAUUCUCUUAUCAUUUGGCCUAAUUCUUGCUCUCAUUUCAUUUAUGUGAUGUCAUAAAAGAUACUCAUUUGUUUCAAGUUCCAUUCUUUCAUUUAUCUGUUUAGGCUGCUUCUCUUCUCUUCUCUUCUCUUCUCUUCUCUUCUCUUCUCUUCUCUUUUUUUUUUCUCUUCCAGUCAUUGAACGUAAGAAGUAUUUGAUCCUGUCACUUUUUGUCAAUAGAUGUAAAUUCUGAUUGAGCACAAUAGAGUAUUCGAGUAUUUCAGCACACUAAUGAGAGUAAAAGAUGAUUUGGGGAAACAUGUCACUUUAUGUGGUUUAGCAAAUAACCACUUUACCACUUAGCUCAGCAGUCUCUUUUUCCAUCAGAAAUCUACAAGUGGUGUUGGUUUUUUUGUCUUCAAACAAAUGACAUGGAGUACCUACUCAGGCUUUACAGUGGUCAAUACUGAGAGACAGAGAUGUUGAGACAAAGUAGAGUUGAUAGAUCAGUGAGAUUUUAAUGCUUGAAACUUUUUUUAUUCCUGGGCUGUACCACUAGCCAUUUGUCAACGAAGAGAGUCUACCAGAUCUUUUUAUAGCUGAGUUACUGUUUUACAUGUUCCUUGAAAAUGAAUAGUGCUUCAACAAGUUCAGUGGAAAUGGUUAGCUGAAGUUUGAUUGAGUUGCACUUUCAUUGUGAAAGUGUUUUCUAGGUCUGUAUGACCUAAGAUAAGCAUUUUUCUAACAAGACAAAACAGAUACUAGGUAAAAUAAAUACCAGCUUAACGGUUCUUCUGUGAAAUGAAUAGAUAUUGUCUGAUUAAUUCGGGGCAAUUUGAGAGGAAGCUUCACCAACAUAAGUCCAGAUUUCCCUUUUGGUAAGGUGUCCUCUGGUUGUAAACAAGAAAGUAGGACUUGAGCUCAAAACUGGCAUAAAGCAGCUGAAAAACAAUAUCCUGCCCAUCCUCUGCAGCCAGUGAGGCUCUUUGGAGUUGCCAUAGGGGAAGUACAUUUUUUGUCUUGAUAUGGAGCCUGUAUCUAUACUGCUGUGCUAAUGGUUUCUGUGGUGCUACCUGAACAGUCUUCCUCAGUAGCCCUUCUCUUUAUCUGAAGGUGUCAGCUGCAGUGAGUUGGAGAAAAACAGAAGAAUCUGUCUGCCUGCAAAAAAGAAAAACAAAAUCACCUCUCUUUCUGAACAUAAAGGCAGAAAAAUGGAUAAACACAUUCAUAUAGCUCCAUAAAUCAGUCAGCACAGAACACAGAAAAGCUGGCUGUUGAAGGAGGAGAAAUGGAAUGCUACAGGGAUUUGUCUUGGAGAUGUUAAAAAGAAAAAAGGCAGAAAUACUAGAGAUAUCCAAGCGUGAUGGAGCAGUGGAUUCCCAUGAAAGAGAAAUUAAAUGUCUUGGCCUCUCUUUCAGUUUUAAUGUAAAUUAUGCCUCUUUUCUGUACAAAUGCCAUGAGGUAGCAGAAAAGGGCCAAUCCUGCAAGUAUGAGAGGAGCAAUUUUGGGGAACUUAUGUGGGAAUGCACAGUCCCCAUCUCUGUGAUAUGCAGAGAAUUUGGAAACACAGUGAGCUUGAAAAAAAGGUAGAAAAUUCACUGAUACUUGACACUCUCUAGCUACGCACUGUACUUUGGUCCCGUGGAAGUAGUUUCUGCUAAAAACAUAAAAAGAGGAUAAAGAUGUAAGAUUUUCUUGAAGAUAUUGGGGAUAAAGCAUUUGUAAUUUAAUUAGCUGUUAUUGCUUAGUGUUUAAAUGUUUUAUGUAGUGUUUAUCUUAUAAAACAUGAUGCAAAUUAAAAUUUUUAAUUAAUUGCAGUGCAUUAUGUUUAUUCAUCUGUAAAUGCUCUAGCAGCAUUUCCAGAUUAAAAUAGAGAUGUAUUAAUCUAACCUUCUUUUCCCAGGCUAGUAGCAUCUUCUGUGGAAUAUUCCUGUUGACAUCUCUGCUUAAUGGCAUAAUGUCCUUUAUCAACUCCAUGGAUUUUUAUUGUCCAAAGCAAACUGGAAAAAUGCUUUCAGAGAUUUCGCUUAUGUGUUUGAGUCACCAGUUAUUCUGUUUUUGUCUGUAUUGUAGGUCUGGCCUAAUUUUCUUUCCCCCUUUUUCUCUCAAUUUUAGCUGGAAGAAAAAUAGCAGUCAGGAAAAGCAGACUCAUAACAGAAAGGAAGGCAUAAUUGAGAGCAUUAGAAUUCAUUUAUGAAAUUAUCAGAUGAGAAAGUGGAAAGGAUGGCAUAACAGUACAUAUAACUUAGCUAGAAAGGAAAAUAAUCUUAUUUCUUCUCUCUGCACCAUGUGUGAGUUAAAUGCUAAUGCUGUCAUGUUUAAAUCCUGCCAAUAUAAAUGCUGCUUUUCAUCUUUGCAGAGAGACUGGCAACAGCAUGCAAAGCGGUAUCAGUGCCCAUCCUUUUAACAAAAGAGCACUAUGUUGGCAGCCUUACUUCUUGUUCCUGUCAUGUUAGUCCUAGCCAACAGCUUUCAAAAAUCAGUGCUACAACGUGGUAGUUUCUUGCAGGUGUAAAAGCUGGUCUUGUUGUGAUUUCUUUAGUAAGACAGCUUAAACUGGUGAUGAAGACCAAUUGGAUAGUGUACUGUAAAAACUGUGAUAAGGGAGGAUGAAAACUAUAAAACUUGUCCUUAAUAGGAAGUGAGGGAGGUAAUGCACUGUUCCUGCAAGGAAAAACACAAAACAACCUGAUGGCAGCUGCUAGUGUAGUUAAAAUGACUUGCUACUUACUAACAGUAUGUUGGUUUCUGUUCAGAACUAGCCUAAAGGGAAGUACCACCUGUGGCAUAAGGAAUGAAGUUUUUUGUACCACAUAAGCAGUUCUUCAGAAGUUUCUCACUCAAGUAUACAUCUGUCAUAGAACCUGUCUGGAUAAGUUCUUGCCCUGCCUAAAAUCUACAAGUAUUUUCCAUUCUGGACAGUGUGAAACCAGUUUUCAAAUAUGAAUGUAAAUGUGAGGCUUCUGUGAGGCUUUCCUUCAUUUGAAAUAAUAAACAACGUUUUGUGAUAUGCUGAUACUUGGAUGGUUUAGCUGCAAGAAUUAAUGUGAAAAUGUUAAAUGUUAAAUUUUAUGUCUGUUGUAUAACAACUAUCUAGAAUAUUACAUAAUUCCUUUUGGUUUUAAAGCUGAGAUGGAGAUGGUUCAUAGUUUUGGAACCUCAAUUCACAGUCAUUCUGUGAUUGUGGUGCAAGUGGUGAUAACUUUUUGACAUUGUGAUUCUGCUACUGAAAGGAGCUGCAGGCUAGUUUCAUAUCUUUCUCCAUAAAAAAGUUCAAGUAGCUUUGGUUUUGCACCACUGGGUACAGUUAGAAUGGAAUUUAAAAGUGAAUAUUUUUUUUUUACUACGGAUAUAUUUAUUUUAUCCAGAAACAAAAAAGCAUUAAUUUGUUAUUAACAGCAAAUAGCAAAAUAUCCCCCAAAUACAAAAUGCUUCUGCUCUAGCAAAAAAUUUUAUCAAAGCCAUUCCUACAUAGGUGGAAGUAAGUGUGAAAAGGGGUUUGCAACUUUAGCUAGGUAAUAAAAAAGCCCAAAUUGUAAUAAAGAGAUGCUCAUGCUGAAUAAGAAGAUUCAGAUACUUUAUUUUUCACAAAAAGUGUCUAUGGCAGAAGUAUGGAGAACUCCUAUAUCAAGCAGUCAGCCAGUGUUGGCAUUUACUAUGUGUUUAAGGAUGCCAAAAGCCAGGAACCCUGCCUACUUGAUAGGACAAGGGGAGAUUUAGAUUAGAUACAAGGAAAUUUUUUACUCUGAGAAUGGUGAGGCACUGAAACGGGCUGCUCAGUGAAGCUGUGGAUGCCGCAUCCCUGGAGGUGUUCAAGGCCAGGUUGGAUGGGGCCCUGGCAGCCUGAUCUUGGUUGGCAACCCUACCUGUGGCAGGAGAGUUAGAACUAGAUGAUCUGCGAGUUCUCUUCCAACUCAAAUCAUUCUAUAAUGUUUGUCCCAUAACCUAAGGUCUGCAAGCCUGCAUCCUGCUGUGAGGUUGAAUAUAGACUGUGGUACAGGACCCUCAGGUUAUUGUCGAGUCCUCUACCUUUAUCAUUGUUUAACUGUGUUGAAUUAUGCCAGCUGGGAUUCAGAACCUCACAACUGAGCUGCAUUGAAAGAAGCACCUGUCCUUCCUGAUGAAGUCUUUUUUUUUUUUUUUUUCCCUA